AUGGGUGUGGUUAAGGUUAAUAAAAAAGAGAAUGGGAAAGAGCAAGAGGAGACAGAGACUCGGGAUCUGACCCUAGGCAACAUGUCUGCUAGAGCAGUGCAAGAGGAAGCAGGAGGGGAGUUCUCUGAUGUAACAGGGAAGAAGGCCUGCAAGAGUCAUAGGCUUCGCUCUUUCUAUCUUUAGGUCGUACUGCUCUAUGCUUCUACCUAUGUCCUGGUGUCCCUCAGCAUAGACAGAUACCAUGCCAUCGUCUACCCCAUGAAGUUUCUGCAAGGAGAGAAACAAGCCAAGGUCCUCAUUGGAAUUGCCUGGAGCCUCUCUUUUCUGUUCUCCAUUCCCACCCUGAUCAUAUUUGGGAAAAGGACACUCUCCAACGGAGAAGUACAGUGCUGGGCCCUGUGGCCUGAUGACUCCUACUGGACCCCGUACAUGACCAUCGUGGCCUUCCUGGUAUACUUCAUCCCUCUGACAAUCAUCAGCGUCAUCUAUGGCAUUGUGAUCCGAACUAUUUGGAUUAAAAGCAAAGUCCAAGAGACUGUGAUUUCCAACUGCUCAGAUGGGAAACUGUGUACCAGCUACAACAGAGGACUCAUCUCAAAGGCAAAAACCAAGGCCAUCAAGUAUAGCCUCGUCAUCAUUCUUGCCUUCAUCUGCUGCUGGAGCCCAUACUUCCUCUUUGACAUUUUAGACAAUUUCAACCUCCUUCCAGACACCAAGGAGCGUUUCUAUGCCUCUGUGAUCAUUCAGAACUUGCCAGCACUGAAUAGUGCCAUCAAUCCUCUCAUCUACUGCAUCUUCAGCAGCUCCAUCUGCUUCCCCUGCAGGGAACAAAGAUCACAGGAUUCCAGAAUGACAUGCAGAGAGAGAACUGAAAGGCAUGAAAUGCAGAUUCUGUCCAAGCCCGAAUUCAUCUAGACCUUGAGGCAAUGGCAGUGCUAGGCUGAGUCUCAUAAACUCUCCUGGGUCCUUGUCACCAGUUUGUGAAUGUGCAUGGAGCCUGAGCCAAUUCUGCUACCCUGCUCCUGUUAUCACUUAGGGAGGCACAAGGCAAAAGUUCCAGUGA